AUGACGUCUUCGUCUUCAUUGAAUGAACCCACGACCACUGAAGCUGAACUGCUCAGGGGGCAAUUGGAGCGAUUUCGCACAGACUUCCAGCGUCUUCGCGAUGAAAUCGGCAAAGUUUUUGUAGGGCAAGACGACGUCGUGAAAGGGGCGCUCACUGCAUUGGUAGCCGGUGGGCACGUGUUGCUCGAGGGAGUUCCCGGCUUGGGGAAGACUUUGCUGGUGCGCACCUUGGCCGACGCUCUACAUCUCAAGUUCCAGCGGGUGCAAUUCACUCCCGACCUGAUGCCGGCCGACCUGAUUGGGACGAACGUGAUCUCCGAGGAGGGCGAUGGCCGCCGCCGGUUUGAGUUCCAGCCUGGGCCGAUUUUCGCAAAUAUCGUGUUGGCAGACGAAAUCAAUCGCGCGACUCCGAAAACCCAGUCGGCCCUGCUGGAGGCCAUGCAGGAGAAGUCGAUCACCGUGGCUGGCAAGCCGCAUGCCUUGCCGGGUGUGUUCUUUGUGAUGGCCACCCAGAAUCCUCUGGAGAUGGAGGGCACCUACCCCCUGCCCGAGGCGCAGAUCGACCGUUUUCUGUUCAAGCUGAUCGUGCGUUUCCCGACGGUCGAAGACCUCGAGUCGAUCCUCGAUCGCACCACCGAGAUUGAAGUGCCCAAGACCGAAGCGGUAUUCGACGGCGAACGCAUCGAACACCUAGGGCACCUGGCACGUCAGAUCCCGAUCGCCAAGGCCGUGCGUCGCUAUGCAAUCUCGCUGGUUAUGGCCACUCACCCAGAGCAUGAGGGCGCUCCGCGGAUGACUCGCGAUUAUGUGCGUUAUGGCGUAAGCCCCCGAGGGGUGCAGGCGCUCGUGCUGGGGUCCAAGAUUCAUGCCAUCUUGGACAAUCGUUUUCACGUUGCUGCGGAAGAUAUCCGAGCCGUGGCGUUCCCUGCUUUAAGGCAUCGACUCAUUUUGAACUUCGAAGGCCAAGCCAAGAACGUUACGCCUGACGAUGUUAUCAGAACCGUGCUGGCAGAGGUCCCGAUUGAGUACCUCGCGCUGGUUUCGCGCCGCACCUUCCGUGGGCAGUUGUUCGCUCAGCGGCGGGGUCGGCGUUUGGGAAUCGGAGCCGAGUUUGCCGACCACCGUGACUAUACACCGGGCGACGAACUGCGGGACAUCGACUGGAACGUUUAUGCCCGACAUGGUGAGCUGUUGCUAAAGCGAUUCCAGGAGGAAGAAGAUCUCCACGUCUACUUCUUGCUCGAUUGCUCGAGAAGUAUGAGUUUCGGCAGCCCGAGCAAGUUUGAUUAUGCCCGACGGCUACUGGCGGCGUUAGCCUACAUCGCGCUCGACGAUUUGGAUUGCGUGGGGGUGACGUCGUUCUCGAGUGAUGUCCACAGCGACUUCGCCGUGGUUCGUGGUAAGCAACGUAUCCACCCUUUCAUGCGCUAUCUGGAGAACUUGGAUUCGCAGCAAGGAGCGACGACCAGCCUUGAACGAAGUGUUCGCACUUUUGUCAACCGCCGGCAGCGGCGAGGGUUGGUGGUGAUCGUCAGCGACUUCUACGAUCCCGCGGGAAUUGAACGAGGACUCGACCUGCUGCGGCACGAACGCUAUGAGCCGUACCUGAUACAGCUCAGUGAACCAAGCGAGGCCAAUCCUCCACUGCGGGGUGAAGUCGAACUGGUCGAUGCAGAAACACAGCGGGUCGAAACCGUCACCAUCACGCGACAAAGAAGGCAGGAAUACCUGCAGCGUUACCAAGCUUUUCUGAAUUCGAUUGCCACCUACUGUCGCAAGCACAGCUGCGGCUAUGUGGCAGCCUCGACCGAGAGGAGCUACGAGGAGUUUGACUCCGAAGAACUUAUGACCUUCUUGAACCCCAGUGCACUUUGGCUUUUACUGUUGGCGGUACCGCUGAUCGCGCUGUACGCGCUGCGGGUCCGUCCACCACGGGUUGAAGUUUCGACAACCAUGUUCUGGGGGACGAGUGAGAUCCAUGCUCGGUCUGCAGCGCCCUGGUAUCGAGUGCGAGAUCUAUUCUCGCUGGCGGCUCAUUUGUUGGUGUUGGCCUUGCUUGUGUUGGCGCUUUCCGAUCCCCAGUUUUAUUGGCGAGACACGGCACCCAGGCUAGUCGUGGUAGUCAUCGAUAACUCGGCCAGUAUGAAUGCGACGGAUCUUGCACCGUCUCGAUUUGAGGCAGCUCGGGAGAAGGCAUUGGGUUCCAUCAGCCGACUAUCGGCCCACGAUGAGGUGGCGGUGGUAACGGCCGGUGGGGCACCGCGGCUUAAGUGUCGGCCAACAGCACUGCGUUCCACUGUGAGGCAGGCGAUCGCUGAUAUUCAAGCUUGCGAAGUGCCGGCGCAGUUGGAUGCGGCCUUUUCUCUGGCAGCGGAGAUCCCCAGUGAGGGGCAGAAGCAUCUAGUUGUCAUCAGCGAUCAGUCGGUCGACGAAGAGAAACCCAUAGAGGGCUUCGAUCAAGUGGACAGGAUCUCUGUGGGCGGGCCUGCGGAUAAUGUGGGCAUCACGCGGUUUCAGGCUCGCCGCAGCUUCAACGAUCCCUUGGGUUAUCAGGUGCUGGUGGAGGUACAGAACUUUUCACGACAGCCGACUCGGUGCCAGUUGGUGUUGGCGUUGAAUGGCAGUGUGGUGGAUGUGGUGCCACUCGAUCUAGCUCCCGGUGAGAAGUGGAACCAGGUGCUUGUCGAGUCGGCGGUGGAAGGCGGCCAAUUGACUGCGCGGCUCGAACACGAGGACGCCUUGGCACUGGACAAUACCGCGUGGUCGAUGCUGCCAGCUCGGAGCACUCGACGGGUGUUCCUGGUGGGGCCCGACAAUCUCUUCUUGAGAAGCGUGCUAGAAGCACAGCCACAGGUCGAGUUGUAUAUUGUUGAUGAUCUGCCGAACGAUGUCGGGCCGGAAGAUGUGCUCGUAGUGUAUCAGAAGCCGUUCGAUGCUCUCCCAUCAGGCAAGGUGCUGGUGAUCGAGCCGGUGAGUUCGAUCCCGCAGUGGCAGUUGGGUCCAGGAUUGGAGACUGCAUUUGUCGCCGAUCAGGAAGAUUCACCACUUCUGCAGCACAUAGAUCUUCAAGGUUUGGAAUUUCGCGGUGCACACGAGCUCGACCUAAGCGUGAACGCCGAGGUGCUGGCCAGCAGUGCAGGCGAUGAUCCGCUGCUGUUUGCCUUCCGUGACGGCGAACAUCAGGCGGUUGUUCUAAAUGUCGCUCUCGAAGAGGGGGAUCUCCCACUGCGGACAGCAUUUCCCAUUCUGGUAGCGAAUGCACUCAGUUGGCUGACCGACAACACUGGUGAGAUGGAAGUCGUCUACCAAACCGGCGAGUUUGUUGAUUUGCCGGGGAGAGAGAACACGUCGAGUGUCGUGAUCUGCUCACCAUCGGGCAGGGAAGAGACGCUGAUAGGCAGUCAGGGUGAUUCUGUUAUCGGGCCUCUCGAUGAAUGCGGCAUCUGGGAGAUUCGAUUGGGGGCCCACUCUGGGAAUCAUGCAACCACGCUCGAAGUGGCGUGCAAUCUGGCCAACGAAGGGGAAAGCAACCUUCUUCGUGGGGAAGUCGGUGAGACAGAGGUCGCAUCAGUGUUUCAGGCAGCGCAUCGUCCGGUGUGGAUGUAUGUCGUAAUGGCGGCAAUUUGUCUGAGCCUGGCGGAAUGCCUCGAACUCAUCCACACGACCUAUCUGUACGGGCUGAUCGCCCUGGCUUGGGUAGUGGGGGUGGCCGCGGUGUCGCUCACGCAACUGGGGCGAACACGGCGUCUCGCCUCGACCUUCACACGCGCGACUUCCAUCGUCUUGCUCGUGGUCGCUCUGGCUGAGUUGUCUUUGGUUUCGCCAGCCUAUGAAGCGUUCGUCGUUAUCGCAGUGGACGAAAGCCAGAGUAUUGAUCCAGAAGCUGCCGGGCAAGCCAACGAGUUCAUCGAGCAGGCACGAAAGCUGCAAGGCGGCAAUCGCCUGGAGGUUGUUAAGUUCAACGGCCAGUCAGGGACUUUGGCGACUAACCUCGAAGAGGCCAUCCGUAGGGCGACGGCAAGAAUCCCAGCUGGUUAUGCGCCGCAUGUUGUGCUGCUUUCCGACGGGCAAGAGACGGAAGGUGACGCAUUCCAGGCAGCAUUGAACUGCGAGGUACCGAUUUCGACGGUUCCUCUGGAGCGGCACAUUCCAGAAGAGGUGCAACUCACGUCGCUUACAGCCCCGGCUGAAGUCCGAAGCGGCGAACCGUUCUUUGUUGAGGUGAUAUUGGACGCUACACGGGAAGGCGAGGGGGUGAUCGAGAUUUACGAGAAUGAUCACCUCAUCGUCUCCGAGGCGCAGAAGGUGACCGAAGGGCAGACCCAUUAUCGCUUUCGGCAUGCCCUCAAUGGCGAUCAGGCGCGCAUUACGGCCGUGGUCCGUGAUUUUCCCGACACCCAGCUCAAUAACAACAAAGCCGAAGCGUUCGUUUAUGCCGUAGGCGAGCCAAAGGUGCUGUUGAUUCAAUCAGAACCGGAACGGGCCAACCAUCUGCGAUGGGCUCUCGAAGAGGAAGGGUUGGCUGUUCAAGUUCGUCCCACCACCGGCUUACCUGAGGGUCGCGCAGAGCUGGAGCCGUUCGAUCUGAUCAUGUUGGCUGAUGUUCCUGCGCCAGAUUUGUCAGACCAGCAAGUGGAAGCCCUUCGGCAGUAUGUCGAAUUACUGGGCGGCGGAUUGGUGGUGAUCGGUGGAGAGCAAUCCUUCGGCCUUGGCGGUUACUACGGCUCCGCCCUGGAAGAACUGCUGCCGCUGCGAAGCGAUUUCGAACGCGAUGAAGAGAAGCCGAGCAUGGCGAUGGUGCUGGCGAUCGACCGGUCGGGCUCGAUGACCGGGGAGAAGAUCGAACUCGCCAAGGAUGCCGCCAAGGGGGCAGUUGAACUGUUAGGGGUGAACGACAGCGUGGGCGUCUUAGCGUUCGAGGGCGACGCGUUCUGGGUCUCCGAGAUUCACCCCUGCACCGACAAGAACUACAUCUUAGAGCGAAUCAGUCGAAUCACCGCUGGCGGGGGCACCGAACUCUAUCAGGCACUCAACGAGGCCUUUCUGGCAUUGGGAGCCUCGAACGCGAACCUGAAGCACUGCAUUGUUCUCAGCGACGGAAAUUCACCACCGGGUGAUUACGAUUCGCUGGUUUCUGCCAUGAAUGCCGCAAGGAUCACCGUUUCUACGGUGGCCGUUGGCGAAGAGGCGGAUCGGGAAUUAUUGCAACGCAUCGCCGAAACCGGACAAGGGCGGUACUACUUCUGCGAAGAUGCCAGUUCGGUGCCCCAAGUGUUUGCCAGAGAGACCAUAGCUGCCAGUCGCUCGGCGUUGCAUGAAGAACCGUUCCUCCCGGUUCUGAUGAGGCCGACCCGUGUGUUGGACGACAUCGAAAUUGAAACGGCCCCUUUUCUGUUGGGGUACGUCGGCACACGCCCUAAGCCCACCAGCGAACUCAUUCUCGCCACCGAAAGCGGCGAACCUUUGCUGGCGUGGUGGAGGCUCGGGCUGGGCACAGUCGCGGCGUUCACGUCCGAUGCCUCGAGCCGUUGGGCAGCCGAGUGGCUCGACUGGCCCGGGUACAGCCGAUUUUGGGCGCAACUCGCACGUCACACCAUGCGUUCCGAAGAAACGCGAGACGCGGAGCUUGUAUUGGAGAGUGAUCAAGGCCGCACCAAAAUCACACUCGAUGUCGUUGACGAACGCGGUGAGUUUAUCAACCAAGCCGACACGGAAGUCGACGUGAUGGGGGAUGCCGGACAGGUCGAAACAAAAGAACUGACGCAAACAGCGCCGGGGCGAUACGAAACUGUGGUUGAAACAUCGCCAGUGAAAACGACACAACUCCAAGUGCGACAGGCACACUAUGGUCGACCCCGAUACAGGGCAUCCCAUGCUGUGGCCGCAAGCUAUCCCGACGAACUUCGGGUGCAGUCCCCCAAUCUCACGUUAUUGAAGCAAAUCGCCUCGGCAUCUGGAGGGCGUUUCGAUCCUUCACCAGAGGAAAUCUUCUUGACCUUGGGCACCCCCGGACUGCGAAUGACCCCGCUCAUUGAAUGUCUUGGAUGUGGCUAUUCGGCGGAUAGGAAUGGGGAGCGUCGGAACGCAGGAAAGCGAGGCAAAGCUCUGAUGCGGCAAGAUGGCUCAGGCAAUGCGAACAGGCAAGUUAGCGAGGCAUUGCAAGGUGUGGUUCGCCGGCGACAGAUGGUCACUGGCGGGAGGUAUGCCUUGGCAGCGCUGUUGGUCACGGCCUUCGGAUUGACUGCCGCAUCUGUUGCAGCCCUGGUCCUCAACAGUUCCCAGUCUCGGACUAUCAGUGGGCUCAUCCUUCUUGCUGUUCCAAUGGCCGGUUUUGCCAUUGGGGCUCUGCGGCGAUACUCAUUGACCGACGCCGCCGUCGAUUCCGACCGCUGCUACGGCUUGCAAGAUCGACUUCUGUCGGCCAUUGAGUUCGAACGCCUGGGUGACCUUUCGCCACUGCACGAGCUGCAACUUGAUGACGCCCGAGCGUUCGCUGCGCAGGUUGACCCUCGCGAGGUAAUUCCGUGGUCCAUGCCGCGAUACGGUGUGGUCGGAAUAGCUCUGGCCAUGCUGGCCAUCGGGCUCACGUUCGUCCCGCGAAGCAUCACACCGUCGCGGGCAGAAGCGCUGAGUGAAUCACUGCAGAAAAGUCAAGAAUCUGAACAGUUGAGCGCACAGGCAGAUCGGCUAAGUGCUUUGGCAGAAAAAGAGCAGAACCAGGAGCUACAUGAGCUGGCUGAACGAUUCCGGGAGACCAGCGAGCGGAUGCGCGAGGAAGCCGGGGGGGUGGAGGAUAUGUUGGAAGAGCUAUCGCGGCUCCAAGAGACGAUUCGGCAGCAGCAGGCCGAGUAUGACGUAGAGCGUAUGCAGGCCCGUUUAUUGGACGUUGCUGAAGCGAUGCAGGACAUUGCGGCGCUUGAACAAAUAGGCUCCGCUCUUGCGCAACUCGAUUUCGAAGCGGCCGCCGAGGGCUUGGAAGGCUUCGAUCCCCAGCAGUUGAAAGGCAUUGCCGCAGAAGCUGCGGCCGAAAGUCUGCAAGACUUGGCGGAUGAACUCGGCGAGGCCGAGCUCGAGAAUUUGGCCGAUCCGGUGCGUGAAAUGAGCGAAGGGCUUCGCGACGAUGAUUCCCAGCAGUCAGCGCAAGCAGCCCUGGAUCUAGCCGCGCAGCUUCGUAAGCAUGGAAAGCGAGUACAAGCAGAUCGUCAACUGCAGAACCAGUUGACCGCGAUGACCGAAAGCAAAGCGCGGAUCACCAACGGCCAGUCGGUCGAUAUCCCCGGCCAAGAGCCACAACGCCCCUCUUCCGAAGUUGGAACGGGGACGCACGGCGAUCUGGAAGGGGAACUAACCCAGCUUGAUAGCCAACGCCAACAGCUUGAACUAACCGGCACCUUGGGUGAAGGCGCGUCCAGCGGCGAGACAUCGAUCGCCGAAUCGGAAGCGGCUACCGCGCAGCGAACGUACCGCGAGAUCUACAAGCAGUACGAAAAACAAUCGCGGGCCGUUCUCGAAUCAGAACCAUUGCCGCUGGGGCACCAGCAAACCAUUCGCCGGUAUUUCCAGCUCAUUCGCCCGAAGGCGGAUGCACCAUCGAACUAG